AGUUGGCGGUGCUGGCCCGGCCUGGGCGGGGCUGCUCCCGGAGCCCACACGAGGCCGGUGACCGGAGGUGGGCGGUGAGGUGGAGCCGUUUCCUCCGGCGGCGGCGCGGGAGUUCGGCCUGGAGUGGUCUAAGGCUUCCCAAGGUGUGUUCCAGGAGGAGCUGGAGUGGUGCAUUUCACAACUGGAGGCAGAUCUCCACCUCACUCUACACCCCAAAAGAGCAGAAGAGACCCAACACAUUUUCAAGGUACUGCGUUCACCUGAGACUGCUCUUUCAGAGAAGCAACAAGUGAAGUUCUUUUCAGAGAAGCAGUGUGUUUGGAGAUUGUCAUCUCAAGAUGGAUGAGGGCCAGAAGAGUAUGGAGAAAGGCAUGAACCCUGAUGUUGUACAAGUACAGCCAAGCAAGAGGCAGGCUACAGAUGGUGUGAAACAGUCUGACCCAACCCCUGAGGCAAAGCCAGAGUUGUUCACAUCAUCUGGCAGCAGGUUCCAGUUUGAUUUUACACUUUCUGAGACCAGCCUAGAAGCUGACCCUGGUGACAGUGUUGCUGAGCAUGUACAAAACAAUGUCAGAGCCACCAAGCAGGAGAACUGGAAUGGAGCCUUGAUGUUUGCUGCCUCUGGGCAAGAACCCAAGUUUGCUUUCAACUUUGCUAUCACAGAUGAAGACUGUCCUCAUCUUCAGUUACUUCCAGCAAGCCAACAUACAGAGCACAUAGCAGAUCCUUCACUGCCUGCUGAAUCAGCAGCUCUGCCACAGGCUACAGCCUUGCAGGAGCCUGAGCUGACUCAAGUAACUGGGAAUGCAUCCAAAGAGGAUAGAAGCCAUGUCACAUCAAAGAUCCCUGAAACAAAGACAGCCCCUGCAGAUGAGGCAGUGACAGAGAAAUCGACAGGAGGUGGAGCUGCCCAGAAGAAGAAAAAGAAGAAACAAAAACCACCUGUCAGUAGAAACAAAACAGAAGAAACUGAGACCAACAGGAAGGCAAUGGCAGAAGCUAACAGCUGUCAAAAUACAGAUACUUCCCAUCAGGAUGAGAAGACCUCUCAGUCAGAUGAGCAGCUGCAGAAAGAGGUGGACUGGUGUGUGAGCCAGCUGGAACUUGGCUUGAAGACACAGAAACCCACUCCAAAGCAGGCUGAGGAGGCUCUCAGGGCGAUCAGGACACUGCGCAGUGACAAAGCUCCACUGGUGAAGAAGCGUCAGCUCAUGAGAGCCAUGUUUGGAGACUACAGGAAAAAGAUGCAGGAGGAGCUGUGCAGAGAGCUGAAGCUUAUGGAAACAGCUGCAAAAUCUGCCAGGAUCGUGGAGUUGAAGGGAAGCAUCUGCAAGAAGAAUGGCCAGUUCAUCCGGAAGUGCUUGGGAGCUUGCAGGAAAAGCCAAGGUUCAGCAGAAUCCCCUUCAGAGUCACACGGGACACUUAACAGAGCUUUGUGCCUGGCAUUUGAGUUUGGUUGCCACCAGGGAGACUGGACUGGAGAUGCUGGGACUGUGGACUUAGCAUCCAAUCACUAAUUGUAUCCAAUUACAUCCAGUCAAGAGUAACACAUUAUCUUCAUUUGGGGAGAGAAAUCCUAACUUCUCUAUGAAUUAGAAAGAGGAAGAACUUACCACUUCAGGAAAGAUAUCAACUGAAGCAUUCUAACAGAAGAAAGGUUAAAGAGUAAGAAUCAUUUAACCUGCAGUUCCAUAACAAAAAAACAGGGGAGAUGCUGCUAUUUUAAGACUAUACAAGCUAUUUAGAUUCAUAAGAUCUGUGACAGAUUAUCUUGUAUCUUUAUGCUGCCUAAAAUUUUUCUGCUCACUGUUUCUGCUGCUUUCAUCUUUAGAACUGUGGAAGGUUUGUAAGACACACUGCUUUAGAAAAUCCACCUGUGACAUCCCCAGUGGUUUGAUUCCUGGCACCCGUCCUCUUGUGUGUGCUGGCAGCUGGGCAGUUUAGUCCAUUUGGCUUCUUCCCUGUGAGUACAUCCAUAGGCAUGACCAGCUCCUGAUAUCUCACCUCCAAAAUGGAAGAAAUCUGGGUUGUGUUUCUCUAAUCUUGAUUAUCGUCGUGCAUGUUCUAAUGAAACAAAACCCACAUGUGGAAGAAGCCAGGAAGGAGAGGAAAAGCAAGCUGUCCCUGCUAUCCUCUUCUUUUUCUCCCAGUAAUGUUGGCAAACAACUGGAGUAUACCCAGGAAGAGCUUGCUAGUAUGGAGAAGCUAAAUCAUGUCUUCUUUGACAGAAGCCAGAAAAAGGGAUAGCCACCAUGAUCAGAAUUCUGCCAUCACAGAAGUGCUGGUGUUGUGUCAGAAACUAAGGAAUACUCAGGAAAGGAGAUAGGACACUCAGCAUCUGUCAGGCUACACAAAGUUCAGGUUGCUUCAGAAGUGACAAGAAAUGAACGGUGGCAGAUGGCAGAGAGGUGUGGGCCUCCCACAUGCUGGAAAAAUAGAUUGCCAGCCAGUCUGCAGGACAUGCUAUGGGUGGCAGAGCACCACUGGAACAAGGCAAAUGCCACAGAGCCAGCUUUGAGCCCCACGGGAGUAGGAGGUCUGUGCAAUACCCCAGCUGAAGAGAGUCAGGAGUCAUUUCCAAAGGGUCUGUGUCCUGUCACAGCGAGAAUUUGAGUUCAGAAGAAGCAUACCUGGGGUGUUUGUCAUCAGAGACUGUGAUAUACCUACUGGGUAAGUUGAUGGUGGCUUGCCCAACUCUGAUGGGCCUGUAAUUGUAUAUGCAGGGUAUGACAGGGGUCAGCCUCUGCUGGAAGUACUUCAUAGUCAGCAGUCUCCAGUGCUGUCCUUAACCCAAAUAUAAAAUCACAGAAUAGUUUGGGUUGAAAGAGAUCUUAAAGUCCAUCUUGUUCCAAACCCACCUUCCACUAAACCAGGUUGCUCUCAGCCCCAUCUGACAUGGCCUUUUAACACUUCCAAGAAUGGGGCAGCCGCAGCUUCUUUGAGUUGUACCCAUGGAAAUCCUCAUGGUGAUGUGUCAGUAUCAGCACAGAUUCAUGUGAGCACAGCAGAAUGGACAGAGUUGUGAGGGGAAAAAAAGAUUAUUUGCCUGCACAAGGUUCACUUCUGUUGUGUAGUAUGGGGUCUUCUCACUUCUCCAGGUCUGACAAGAGUAGCAAACUUUCUGCAGUGCCUUUCUGGUGGAUUUUGUGUGGUUUUCUUUAUGCUGCAAGAGCCUGUACACCUUCAGUCCAUCACCUGAUUCAGUCUGCUUCUUCAGCCCAUCAUAGGCCCUGAAAACUACCUGGAUGACUAAGACAAUCAUAUGAUUAAAUCUCUGUGGAUCUCAUGCUGCAGUGAUAAACACCUUAAAUGACAUUGCCCAAGGUAAUACUGUUAAGAUGUUUCUGUAAUCCUCUCAAGCCCUGCCAUCGCAUUGCUCUGGGAGGUCAGUGUUGCAACUGUUGUGUUGCAAAGCAGAGAGGUUUGUAGAGACAGGAUACUUGUCAUUAUACCUUUGCAGCUUCUCUGCCUGAAAGGUAUCAUUUGCUCUCAGGAAAGAUCAUCUGUUUGCCACAUGAGUGUUUCAGAGUGCCUCUGAUCUAUGUAUAGAAUGGAAUAUCCUGAGCUGGAAGGGACCCACAGGCAUCAUCAAGUCCAGCUCCUGGCCCUGCACAGACAACCCAACAGUCUCACCCUGAGCAUGCCUGAGGGCGCUGUCCAAGCACCCCUGGAGCUCUGGCAGCCUCAGGGCUGUGCCCAUUCCCUGGAGAGCCUGGGCAGUGCCAGCACCUCUGGGGGAAGAACCUUUUCCUGAUAUCCAGUCUAAACCUCCCCUGACACAGCUUCAUCUUGUGCUAUCUCUUGUAAAACCACAGAGGGGAAUGAGGUGCGAAGGAUGAGAUCAGCUAGCCAAGCCCACCGGGUCAAUGCACAGUCAGCUAAAGCAUUUUUGCCCAGGGAUACAUCCUAGUCAGAUUUUUAGUGUAUCCAUCUGGAUACUGGAUGUCCUCUAACAUAUGAAAAAUUGAGUAUUUGUGCAGGAAAAAUAAAACACAGUUUCUUUUGAAGUCUGCUUCUCUUCAGGUCCUCCAUCUCUGUACUGCAUCUAGAUGUUUCCCACUCUCUAACUCUUUAGCACACAUGAACCUCAGAGAAGUAAUCUAGGCAGAUAACUAGAUGUGUACCUGGAAAGUGAAGUUUCAUGUUUGUGCCUGAACCCUGACUUUUAAUAAGAUAUAUUCCAAGCAGAAUGAGCUUCUAAUUGUCUCUUUUAACAUGAGGAGACAUUCUUCCCCUCUUUUUCUUGCUGGUGAGAAAACCUAGAGCCUUCCAGCAAAAUGAUCAGAGGCUCAAUAGGUUUGGAGCCCAUCAUCAGUAACAAACAUUUAUUUACAGGUACAGCAUUUCCUUCUCCUCGAAUCUUUCCUAUCUCAGCAGCUGGUGACACUGCUGGGAGCUGUGUAAUGUUGUAACAGCUGUAUUUGUACUAUUGACUUGUAGUCUAGAAGAUUAGGAUUUAUUUUACUUGCAAGAUUUAGCUUCCAGUUGGCUGAACAGUUAAUUGUGUCUUAGUGUUCAAUGAUCCGGAAGCUCUGUAAGGACCCAGCUUGUCCCAACAGUCUGUAAUGUGAGCCAGCACUCAGUGAUGUGUGUGUGGAUCCACCUCAUGUAUUCAGAGAGAAGGACUCAUCCAGACUGGAGAGGAGCACUUGAUUGUUUGUGCUUUGUUAGUCAUCAUGUGGGAAGUUUUUGUGGACUUUCUUUCAGGAGCUGAUAAAAGAAUAUUCAGAGAAAAAGUGAGUCAAUAUUGUCAUCCUAUACACAUUUCCAUUUUUAGGCUUCUUGAAUUGAUUUCCUAUUUCAGAGUGAAUGUAAGAUUCAGAUUAAGAGAGAUAAAAGGAGGGGUAUAAAAUCACACAUUACUAGAAAUAUUAAAAUGGCAAAGGAUGGAUAUUUACAGUCCUCUGUGAACCUUUGCUCUCAAAAGACUCCCAAGAGCUCUGGCCCUGCAUGUUAUUUGUUCAAGGCCAUUGUGCGAAAAGUUUCAACCUCCAAGUUAUUCAUAUGCUGACUGUAUUGCAUAUGUUGCCCAUUUGGUAUGACUGCGGGGCUUUGUGAUGAGGUAUUUUUACUUGUGUGGCAUGUGCUCAUAGAGCUGGGUGAGUCAAAGUGAAGGAAGAGAAAAAGAACGUAUCUACUCAAGAAGAUGGUUGGUUCUUUGGAGAAAAGAGUGGAAAGAGUUGAUGUUAUUUUAGGGAAAAUAAAAAACAAGAGUUCAUUGGAA